UGAUGAGCUGGACAUUCGGAGACAUGAAGGUGAUAUUUGUGGUUGCCGUUCUGACGGUGGCGGCUGGCUCCAUCGUCAAAGAUGAUUUCAAAGAUUACCUUAUCUCCAAGGAACCUUUGGUUAAUCUAGAUGCAAAGACCAAAGAAAUAUGCAUUCUGAAGCUCUUGAACCACAUCCUGCAGCCGACCAUGUACGAGGACAUCAGGGAAAUCGCCCGCGAGUUCGUUCUCGAAGACAAUAUGGAUAAAUUUUUGAAAGUGGAAGUAGUAAAGGACUUCAUCAGUUUGUACAAGCUGGGCUUGCUCCCCCGUGGCGAGGUCUUCGUCAACACCAAUGAAAAGCACCUGCGAGAGGCCAUCUCCGUCUUCCGCGUGCUGUACUUCGCCAAAGACUUCGACACCUUCAUCAAGACCGCCUGCUGGCUCCGAGAGAGGAUCAACAGCGGCAUGUUUGUCUACUGCCUCCACGUCGCCGUUGUCCACAGAACUGACUGCAAUGGCGUCGUUCUUCCUGCACCUUACGAGAUCUACCCAUUCCUGUUCGUCGAUAGCCACAUCAUCAGGAAGGUUCAUAUGCUCAAGAUGACCAAAGGAUGGUUGGACCCCAUACUGAAGGACUACUAUGGUAUCACAAUCAAGGAUAAUAAUCUUGUUAUCGUCGAUUGGCGGAAGGGGGUUCGUCACGCUCUCACCGAGAAUGACCGCCUGUCUUACUUCACUGAAGACAUCGACCUCAGCACUUACUUGUACAAUAUGCAUGUGAACUACCCCAGCUGGAUGACUGAUGAUAUCUACAACGUGAACAAGGAACGCCGCGGUGAGGUCAUGGCUUACAUGACCACACAACUCCUAGCUAGGAACAGGUUGGAGCGUUUGACCUGGGGAAUGUGUGAUGUGAAGCCGCUGAACUGGGAGAAGCCGAUCAAGGAGGGAGUCUGGCCUAAGAUCAUGUUGCACACGGGUGAUGAGAUGCCGGUGAGGAUGAACAAUGUAGACUUCAAUAAUGAAGAGAACAUCAGAAUUAGGCACGUUGUUGACGACAUCGACCACAUGAUCCGCCAUGCGAUAUUGACUGGACGCCUUACCAUGCGCGAUGGUACCAUGCUCACUCUGAAGAAGCCUGAAGAUUUCGAGACCCUGGCCAGGCUGGUAUUGGGUGGAAUUGGCCUGAAACAUGACGAUGCCAAGGUCAUGAAUCUUGUCAUCUUACUCAGAAAAAUGCUUAGUUACGGAACGUACAACAAUAACAAAUAUACAUACGUGCCUACCGCUCUGGAUAUGUACAGAACUUGCCUGCGCGAUCCGGUCUACUGGAAGCUCAUGAAGCGCAUCACUGAGUACUUCAUCAUGUACAAGAACCUUUUGCCAAGAUACACUCGCGAGGACCUGUCCUUCCCUGGGGUCAAAGUGGAGCAUAUCGAGACCGACAAGCUGGUCACCUUCAUGGACGAAUUCGACCUCGACAUCACCAACUCCGUCUACUUAGACCAAAGCGAGAUGCAGAAACAUCGUUCUGACAUGGUCUUUGUCGCUCGCAUGCGUCGCCUCAACCACCAUCCCUUCAAGGUUUCCAUUGAAAUCAAUUCCGACAAAGCUACAGACGCCGUGGUGCGCGUCUUCCUCGGACCCAAGUACGACUGCAUGGGUCGUCUCAUCGAGCUCAACGACAAGCGUUUCGACAUGGUCGAAAUCGACAGUUUCGUCUACAAACUUGACACUGGAAAGAACACUAUCGUGCGCAACUCUCAAGAGAUGCAUGGCGUUAUUGAGCAGAGACCCUGGACCAGGACUAUGUGGCAACGCGCUUCAGACUCCACUGGCUCUGGAGUCACUAACAUCGAUAGCUGGUGGUACAAGAGCCGCAUUGGAUUCCCACACAGGCUGCUCCUGCCUCUUGGCCACGUCGGCGGAAUGUCUCUCCAAUUAUUCGUGAUUGUGACGCCUAUCCGAUUGGGCCAGGUUCUUCCCACCGUCGACUUGGACACUAUGAAGUCUCGCAAGAUGUGCCCAUGGACUACUUGCGUUGACACCAUGCCCCUCGGCUUCCCCUUCGACAGGUACAUCGAUGAGCGGGUGUUCUACAACAGCAACAUCAAAUUCUUUGACGUUAAGGUGUUCAACAAGGAUCUUACCAACAACAAUGUUGUUAAGGAUGUGGACACUUCAGACAUGGUGAUGAGGCGUGAUGACCUGACCUUCUUGGACAAAGACUUGCUGGUCAGAAGGUCCUACAGGGACGUGAUGCUAACGAGCGCCGAAAACAUGUCACAUAUGUGAACUUAAAAGUAAAUAUACUUAAAUUUUGUUAAUUAUUAUUGCAUAAAUUAAAAGCAUUAACUAAUA